AUGGGGCGCAGGCCGGGCGUGUGCACGUCGCAGUGCGACGCCCAGCCCGACUUCUGCUACAACGGGGGCGUGUGCACCGUGGUGGCCGGGACGGGCGCCUUCUGCAGGUGUAACGUCCAGGAGUACAUCUGGAACAAGGGCACGCGUUGUGAUUGGUCCAUCACAGAGUUCCAGGUGAUGUGCGUGGUGAUUGGUGGGGCCUCCUUGGUGCUCAUCAUCCUCUUCAUGAUCGUUGUCUUCUUCGCAAAGAAGCUGCACCAGCUGAAGAACGAGAACAGGCGGCUGAGGAAGCGCAGUAAGUACCGCCCCCAGAGCACCGAGCCGCAGACGGACGGCAUGUCGGUCUCCACCACGGCGGACGGCUCGCAGCCAAAUGUAAGGAAACUGUGUGACACCCCCCCGCCCCCUCCCCCAGCCCACGCCCACAACCUGGCGUACUAUGACAACAUUAUCUGUCAGGAGGACCGCCAGAAGAAGGAGGAGCUAACCAAGACCCCAACCCCCAAAGAGGAGGAGUCCAUGAACAUCCGCAACUCUCACCCGUCGCCCAAGCAAGAGAACAACCGGCCAGUUAGUGUGGAGCAGGAGCACGGCCCCGCCCUCGGCAACUCAGAGGAGAGCAUGGAGGGCGGAGUCACCAUUGGUCUGGAGCUGCUCCUCCCCCAGGAGGCGGGGCUCCGCCCGGAGACCAGCCCUCCCCUCGAAUACGAGGUCUUCCUCUACAAGCUCCCCGCCAACGGGGAGCCCCCAUCGUCGCCAAAGCACCCCAAGUCCCCUAAAUCCCCCAGAACCCCCAAGUCCCCUAAAUCCCCCAGAACCCGCAAGUCCCCUAAAUCCCCCAGAACCCCCAAGUCCCCUAAAUCCCCCAAGUCUCCGGGAUCGGCCCAACACCUCCCGGAGUACCUCGGCAGCGCGGGCGGGACCACAGUGGGUCUCCACCCCUCUCCGGGACGCCCCCACCCGUCCGGACCCCAAGUGUCUCCCGGGCGCCACUCUGUGUCGGGGGGCUUCUCCUCUCCUAGCGGGCCCCCCUUCCCCCGCCAGGCCUCCUGCUCCCCAACCCCGCUGCGCAGGCCCCUGGGCCGAACUCAGGGCCCCGGGGCCCCACUGGGCUGUGGACCAGGGGCCACGGGGGAGUCCCAAGGGCCCCCUCCCUCCCCCUCCUGCUGCGGGUACAACGCCGCCAGCACCCACUCACUGCCUCUGCUCUCCUAG